AUGGCCUCCCAACAACCACCACCAGCAGCAGCAGCACAGCAAAGCGAAUCCCUCCGCCUCACCCCCCACGACACCUCUCCAGAACAACCCCAGCAACAGCAAAACAAACCCCCUUUCUCCUCUGCCAGAGAUCUGCUGGAGUACCUCUACGAAGACGUAACCCGCCUCUCCCAGAUCGCCACAGAGAACUGCGUCCUCCACCCGGCAGACGACUCCCUGCCCCCCUGCCUCGGAGUCGCCGCCUGCCAGGCCCACGAGGAGGAGCUGCUCAAGACAACGAGGGGGACGCUAAAGAUGAGGGUGGAGAGCAUCACGCUCAGCUCCUCACACGAGUUUGGGUGCGUGAUGGGCAAGUUUGAGCUCGGGGGCGGAGAGGUGAGAGAGACGUUUUGUGGGGUUUGGAGGUUUGAGAUGGGUACGACGGAUGGGGAGGAGGUGAGGGCGGUGGAGCAUUGGGAGAAUCUGACUCCGGAGGGAAGGAGGAGGGUGGCUGACCUUCGCCCCCAGCUCCCUCCGCAACCCCUCCCACUCCCCCCUCUGCGCCUCGAGCAAUCUCUUCCUCUCCCACAUCUGCCACUGAAACAUCCCACUCAGCUCAAACUCGACAAACUGGCUAAAAUCCGCCAGCUCCCUCAUCUGCCACUCCGUUACCUCACCCAGAUCCACAUGCCUCGGCCUCCCGCUCCUUCCCACCUCCACCGACGGAACCCCCAAGAUAUCAGCGAUAUUCCUCGCAUGCCUCUGCCUCGCGGCCGCGACCUGGGCGCGGAACCUGCUGUUCAAAGCAGCAAACUGCGCGACGUGCCGCCUGUGGAGCGAGACAAGUGCUCUGGCCUGAUGGGCCGUCAAGGUAUUUGCAAAAGAAGAAGACGAAAGGGCAGGGUCGAGGACACCGGCGGUGCCACGGGAGUGGGAUGA